CAUUGACUCUCAUUCCUGCAGUCAUCAUCAUAGGAGUAGGCAUCAUGAUGUUCCUCAUUGGACUCAUUGGAUGUGUAGGAGGCUGUAAAGAGAACCGCUGUAUAUUGGCAACAUUCUUCUCAUUACUCCUCAUCAUCCUAACUGCAAUGGUUAUAGCAGGAGUAUUGGCCUAUGUCUACAGAGACCAGGUUUGUAGCUUUAACAUUUCUAUCUUAUGUUAUACAAGUAUAUGGCUGUUGGGAAUGAUAUCAGUAAAAGCAUGUUGGUUUUAUGUAUCAAGAACAAAAAAGAGUCCUGUGUGGGGUAGUGAGGUGGACAGGGUCAUAGUUGAUGUGACUUUCCCCUAGAUUCAUGUAUUGUUUUACAAAAUAUCAACCAAAAUAAACUGAUGAUAUAUGGACCAAAUAUUCUGAAUUUCAUCUUUUUAUA